AUGCCUGUACAAGGCAAACAAAAGCACGCUACAACCGAAGAAAAGACUCGAGUCCUCGCAGCGCACUCCAAUGGGGAGAACUGGAAGGUCGUUGCCAAGCACAACGGCAUCGCAUUGACCACUGCCCGACGCAUCGUACGCACAGGACAAGUUGCCCACCAAAAGCGUGGCGGCGCACGUCCGGGACGAACCAAAGUCACGCCUGAAAUCCUGGCAGCUCUCGAGCGCUAUCUCGACACAAACUGUCAGUACACCCUCAGUACAAUGCGAGACUUCGUGGCGCAAGACUUUCCAGGAACACUCAUCUCAAAGCAAACAAUCAGUCGCCACCUUCUCGGUAUGCUCUAUACCGUGAAACAAGUUCGCAUUGAACCAUCCACGUGCAACAGCGACACAAACAAGGCCAAACGAAAAGAAUUUGCCGAAACUCUCGUCCAACAUCAGCGUGACGGUAACUUUAUUGUCUACUAUGACGAGACCAACUACAACAUCUACUGUCAUCGCUCUGUUGGACGGUCUAAGCAAGGCUCUCGUGCCUGUUUGGUGCUUCCGCCAUCGAAAGGGCCCAACCUGCAAAUCCAAUGUGCUGUGUCGCCUGACGUUGGUCUGGUCUGCUAUCGCAUGGAGCGUGGAAGCAUCAAGAUGGAGCACAACGCAGCAUUUGUCGAAGAAGUUUACCGUGCAUCGAAGAACUCGCCAGCCAAAGAAUUGGUCGAGUAG